AUGUGCAUUCCAAUCGCCCUCCUCCUGUUUUCAUGGACCGUUCCCUCCGGCAAAAUGGAGGGCGCUGCAGCCAUUGUGGGGGCGUUUCUGGUUAUGCCCUGGGGCGGCUUUCGUCUGAGCCCCGGAUCAGCGGCCACGUCCGACGUCGCGGGCCGCUUGACUCGCCAUCUCUGCCCGAUUUCUCGCCGCUCCUUUAUCCAUAUUACACCACAUGGUCUGAGUCUUCGUUUGGGGCCGAGAAAUGUCGCCGGAUCUCGGAGUGUCUGGCCAACAUCUAGCUGA